AUGAAGCAAAUCAUCUUCUUUUCCCUCCUAGUACUAUCUGCUCAUAUCUUUAUCAUCACUACUUCAGCUCAAUCACCUGCAGCAGCACCUAAACCUCCAGCUAAACCUGCCCUUGCCACACCAGCUCCAGCAGUAGCACCUGCAAAACCAUUGGUCCCUUCAUUACCUCAAUUCCCCUCCUCCGAUUCUUCAUCAGGUCAAGACAUCAUCAAAAUUCUAAGGAAAGCUAAAUCAUUCAACACACUGAUCCGGUUGCUGAAAACAACACAAAUCAUUAACCAAAUCAACGCACAACUAGUGACAACAAAAUCCGGUGGUUUAACUAUUCUUGCACCCGAUGACAGUGCUUUUUCGCAGCUCAAAGCUGGAUACUUCAAUUCCCUUGGCGAACGCCAACAGAAAGAACUGAUACAGUUUCAUGUUCUUCCUGCUUAUGUCUCGAGCUCAAAUUUUGAUUCACUAAGUAACCCUGUGCUGACACUUGCAAGUGAUAGUCCUUCUGGUUAUCAAAUGAAUGUGACGGCUUAUGGAAACAAUGUGAAUAUUUCAACUGGUUCUGUUAAUGCUACACUCACAGGGAUAGUGUAUUCUGAUAAGACACUUGCUAUAUAUCAUGUUGAUAAGGUGCUUAUUCCUUUGGAUUUCUCUAAGCCUAAAGCUCUAGCACCUGCUCCUACAAUAGCAAAAGCACCUAAAGGUGCUAAGGAUUCAUCUUCAGAUGAUGAUCAGGGUGAGACAACUAAGGCUACAUCUGAUGCUAUCAGUUUGAUUAGCCUUCAAGGAAAAUUGUUUGUGUCCCUUUUUGUUGGUUUAGUUGCAGCUAUAGUUAUCUCAAGUUGA